GUGUUGAUUUAGACUGGUGAGAUAUUUUUCACAAAGGUUGUGUAGAGAAGAUCUCUUUGGAAAAUACAAAGAUGAGUAGGAGAAAUGAUCCAAAGCUAGACUUGAAGCUGAAUUUAUCCCCACCAAGGGCUAACCCUCAUGUAGCCUCUCCGAGCCGAUCGUCCACCGUGUCGCCGACGUCUCCUCCCACCUCAUGCCUGUCGUCGGAGCUCAACCAAGACGAGACACUCCGGUACUCCAACAGCCCCGAAGCAACGUCUAUGGUACUAGUGGGAUGCCCUCGCUGCCUCAUGUAUGUCAUGCUCGCCGAGGAGGACCCGAGAUGCCCUAAAUGUAAGAGCACAGUAUUGCUCGAUGUCGGCCACGAGAACACCACGGCCACCACCACCAAGAAGACAAGGAAGAGCUAGUGGAGGCAAAACCUUUCAAAAGCUUUAAAUUUUACUAGCUAGUAUUAGGACUCAUGCUAUGUCUUCCUUUUUUGUC